GGGAGAGAGAAAGGAGGCUGGCACUAUCCUUUCCUGCCCUAAUCUGUCAGCUAUGUCUGUUGUGUUGCUGCUGGUAACACAGUAAGGGAACUUCAGACUAGAAUUUUUAAGGCUACAAAUGAAUUUUAAGACAGAUUUGUUGUGAAGCCUGGACACCAUCGAUUGGAUGUGAACUUCAGUAUCUGGUCUGAAGUGAAAAUUGAAGACAAGAUCUGACAGCACUCUGGAAUACCCCCCAGGACCACCAUAACGGAACCUGAGACAGACACAUUACUACCUAUAUUUGCUUUUAUCUAGCAAAUCUUGACUGUGUAAGCUGCACUGCAUAGCAAUUAGGUGAAUGGGUAGAUGUUAAAAUCAUUUUUCACUAUUGUCUAUAAAAGCCAAUGAAAGGCAAAAAGUGUCUGUAACUAAAGACUUUGACACUAGUUGGCAUAAUUGGCUAAUUAAUUAAUCAUGCUGAACUAAAAGAUAAAACGUGCAGGUUUAUUUCCAUCACUUAUUUCUGAAGUUUAACAGCAGUCUAGCCAAACAAAACCCUUCUACUUGCUGUAAAAUUAGCUUUUAGCCUAGCAGGCCAAGUAAGCCAAAUGGCUGACCCGUGGCAAAACAACACAUACCACCAAGGGGGAGGUGACAGCUACGGGAGCUAUGGAGAAGGUGGUGGCCAUGAUGGAUAUGGUUAUCAGGCAGACUAUCCUCCCCAAGAAGAGGAUGCAGCAAGUGACGUGACCGAAGGACAUGAUGAAGAGGAUCAAAUGUACGAAGGAGAAUAUCAAGGGAUACCACAUCCUGACGAGGUGAAGGCUGCACAGAGAGCCGCACGGGCUAAGGCUCGAGCAACCGGCAGUGCAAUCUCUGAACUAGAAGAGUUAUCAGAACAAUACGAAGACAUAAUGGAGGACUGUGGCCACGGGAAGUUCCAGUGGACGCUCUUUUUGGUCCUGGGUCUGGCUCUGAUGGCUGAUGGAGUUGAAUGUUUUGUGGUAGCGUUUGUUCUACCAUCGGCAGAAAAGGAUCUGUGUCUCUCCAAUGCAGAGAAAGGCAUGUUAGGUUUGACCGUCUUUCUGGGCAUGAUGGUAGGAGCAUUCGUGUGGGGGGGUCUGGCAGACAAAGUUGGUCGUCGGCGCUGCCUGGUUGUGGCACUAGCAAUAAACUGUGUCUUUGUCUUCCUGUCUUCGUUCGCGCAAGGCUACGGCUUCUUCCUCUUCUUCAGGCUGCUGUCUGGCGUUGGAAUUGGUGGCACAGUGCCGAUCGUGUACUCGUACUUCUCCGAAUUUCUUCAAAUGGACAAGCGAGGAGAGCAUCUGUCCUGGUUGUGCAUGUUUUGGAUGAUUGGUGGGAUUUACGCUUCGUUCACUGCCUGGGGAAUCAUACCCAGAUACGGCUGGGGGUUCAGCAUGGGCACAGAGUUCCAGUUCCACAGUUGGCGGGUGUUUGUCCUGGUUGCGGCUCUUCCUGCGAUUGCCUCUCUGGUUGGACUUACCUUCAUGCCGGAAAGUCCCCGCUUCCUCCUGGAGAAUGCCAAGCAUGAUGAGGCGUGGAUGAUCCUGAAGCAGGUCCAUGACACCAACUGGAGGGCCAAGGGUCAGCCAGAAAAAGUCUUUACUGUGACUCACAUCAAGGCUCCUAAAACAGCAGAGGAUGAGUUUAUAGAAAUUCAGAGUGCUACAGGAACACCUGUACAACGAUGGGCUGUACGCUCACUAACACUCUGUAAACUGGUGUUGAGGAACAUAGCAUCACUCCUCUCUGCAGAGCUGAGGCUUGCCACACUCUUUAUGGCCAUCAUCUGGUUCUGCAUGGCGUUCAGUUACUAUGGUCUGUCUGUUUGGUUCCCUGAUAUGAUCAAACACCUUCAGUAUGAGGAGUACGAGGCCAAGGUGAAGGUGUUCCAUAAAGAACGAGUGGAGAACUUCCAUUUUAACUUUUCCUUGGAGAACCAGAUUCAUAAAGAAGGGGAAUACAUCCAUGACAAGUUCAUCAGUAUAGAGAUGAAGUCGGUGAAGUUUGAAAGUUCACUGUUUGAAGACUGUCGCUUUGAAGACAUCAGGUCCACAGACACUGUGUUUGAGAACUGCACCAUCCGUUCCACUGUCUUCUAUAAUACAGACCUGUGGGAGGAGAAAUUCAUUGACUGUAAGAUGGAGAACACCACCUUUGAGCACAAUAAAUAUGGCUGCCACCUGGAUACUGUUGAGGAGAACGACGUUCUAAUUUACCUGGUCAGCUUCCUGGGCAGUCUGGCUGUGCUGCCAGGCAACAUCAUCUCAGCCCUCUUCAUGGAGAAGAUUGGCAGGGUCAAGAUCAUAGGUGGCUCGAUGCUCAUCUCAGCAGGCUGCACGUUCCUCCUGUUUCUGAGCUUCAGCCAAUCAGCCAUCAUUGCCAUGCAGUGUCUGUUCUGUGGCGUCAGUGUUGCUGCAUGGAAUGGCAUCGAGGUUGUGACCGUGGAGCUGUACCCUACUUCUAAAAGGGCCACAGCAUUUGGCGUGCUGAACGCUCUGUGCAAGCUGGCUGCUGUGCUCGGCAGCUCCAUCUUUGCCAGCUUUGUGGGCAUUACCAAAGUUGUCCCCAUCCUGCUGUCCUUCACUGCGCUAGUGUGUGGUGGCCUGGUGGCCCUCAAACUACCCGAAACGCGAGAGAGAAUCCUUCAGUGAGGUCAUAUGAGAUCCAGGGGGUGGGAAUCAUGAGGGGAGGUAGAGACAAAAACAUCACGCUUAAUGUUAGAAGCUUUUCUUAUUGGAAUUGACUUCACUCUGCAUUGAAAAUAAAGCAGGAUUAGCUUAUACAUACUAAAUGCAAAUGCCAAUCUCUAACUGUAUUACUACUUACUAUCUCAGUUUAUACAGAGGGUAGGUGACCCUUUCACUAAUGGCAAUGAUGGCAGGUAUAGGGUUUAGGUGUUCACAAGUGUCAUUGUUUAAAUGGAAACUGAGAAAAAAUAUGUAUUUCUUAGUUUAUUUCGUAGUUUUAUUUCGAGAAAAUAUUCAUGCAACUGGCAACCUCAACAUGACCUGAAAGUUCAGUCCCAGAGGAUAACUCCAUUCUUGACUCCCGUGAUAAUUGGUGGGUGGGCUGUGGUUGCUUUUGCCUUACCAUACACUACCAGUUUUUAACAUCUCAUUGCAUCAAACUAAUAAAGAGGCUUAUUAGCAAUGAAUACUGCAGCGGAGUAAAUUGAAGUCAAAGAACUAUAUAUUUGUAUUGAAAUGCAAAUGUUCCUCUAUUGUGCUGUAUGUUUUGCACGAAUAGUAUAACCUCUCCUUGGGAGUUCAGUCUGAUACUAAUAUCCUCCUGCCAUUAGUACAGGGAAAAACACAUCCUCAGUUGGCUUUACCUUUGCAGAAAACGUGCACAUUUGCUUUUCUAUUUCCAUCUGACCUAGACUUUUGGAUGAGUAUUUUCUGGACACCAAUCUUUUGACCCGGUUAGGCCCUGUUAGAAAUCACUUGGUCUGUUGAAUGUGGUUACUGUUUUUCAUUUUCCUUUUGAAUCAACUUACGGAUGUUUUUUUUCACUUUCUCAUUUGUUUUGUUGUUUUUGUUAUGGAUCUAAACUUUUAGUUGAGUUAUCGCACCAUCUUGUGGAAAAAAACUGAAAACCACAGUUCAUUUGGUCUUCCUGUUUGCUGGUACAAUAGAAGUCCUGCUGUAUGGGUGCCAUGUCAUUUCUCCGACUCUCCAUUGUUCCGACCUCUCAAUAACCCGAAAAAUUCCCUUUGGUUCUACAGCCCACUAGUCCAACGUCCCAUUGUUUUGAAAAAAAUAAACCUCUGCUCCGACAUCCUAUU